ACGGUCGAUAAUUAGGAUUUGAUUUUGUACGGAAUUAUAGUGCAUGCAGUUUUCCUUUUUGGUAAAAAUUAUAAUUAUUGCAUGUAUUAUUAUGUAUAGGAUUUGCCAGCUACUUUCACACUACUAACUAAUUAAGGUUAACAAUAAUCUAAUCAAAUUUAAACUCAAUCAUCUCAAACUCUAUAUAAAUUAACACAUAAUUUUCUUAAUAAAUUGCGUCUUCUUUUCUCCAAGAAAUUAAACACUUUAAUCAUGGAGCAAAAAACCACCGUCCUCUUUGUACUCUUAUUCUCUUUGGCCUCCUUUCUAUCUCUCCCAGUCCCAACCACCGCAUCUCCGCCUGUAUCCGCGGUUUUUGCCUUUGGUGAUUCAACGGUGGAUUCCGGCAACAACAAUCGCCUCCCAUUCACCCUUUUCAGAAGUGACCACCCUCCAUACGGCCGGGACUUGCCAAACCACGUCCCGUCCGGAAGGUUUACCAAUGGAAAACUAUCAACGGACUUCAUGGUCUCCAUACUUGGCCUCAAGGACUUGUUACCUGCUUACCGUGAUCCGAGACUGACCGACCGUGAAUUGCUAACGGGUGUCAGUUUCGCGUCAGGCGGUAGCGGGCUGGAUGAUCUGACUUUGGCCGUGUCAAAAGCCACGAGUUUGGGGAGGCAGUUGGAGGAAUUUGAUGAAGCGUUGGGGAGGAUGAGGAGAACUGUUGGGGAGAAGAAUUGUAGUGAGAUUGUAAACAACGCUGUGUUUGUGAUUAGUGUUGGUACUAAUGACAUGGUGUUUAACCUCUUCGAUCUACCUGUUACUGCGAGGAAAAUCGAGUUUUCACCUUCAGGAUACCAGGAUUUUCUUCUCCGCGGACUCGGGUCUUUCAUUCAGAACCUGUACCAAAGGGGAGCGAGGAGAUUCCAGGUGGCAGGUCUUCCACCAAUUGGAUGUCUGCCAAUGCAGCUGACAAUUGGCAGCGUCUUUAACGGGCUUCGGCGUGUGUGCGUAGAACAACAAAACACGGACUGUCAGGCUUACAACACCAAGCUCCAAGGCCUCAUUCCCAGCUUGCAAGCCUCCCUUCCCGGAUCCAGGCUCGCCUAUUUCGACUCCUACAAUCCCAUCUUGGACAUGUUCAACAACCCAUCUAAAUAUGGGUUUGUGCAAACGCAUGAAGGAUGCUGUGGUACAGGGAUGGUGGAGUUGGGCCCACUGUGCGGGCAGCUUUCGCUGACGUGUCCAGACCCUUCUAAAUUUUUGUUCUGGGAUUCCAUGCAUCCUUCCCAAGCAGCGUACAAAGUUCUUGCUGACAUAUCUGCGAGGACGGUCUUACCGCACCUUACUGCUUGAUU